GUUUGAAUCGCUCAAAACAUGAGGUCAUAUGCUCCGAACCAUUGGGGGCUUAUUAGGGUUGCCGAGAUGUAGAUGCUUAUGGAGAUGUGCAGCGGUGCAUCAUGAUGAACUAAGAUUCCAUCUUGAGAAACCCGAUUCUGUAAGGAUACUUAGCAGCGAACUCAAUAUGGAUCGAAAAUUUAGUAUGUUCAAUGGAAAUAAUGAUGAAAAUAAAGAAUCACUGGAUAGUUCGGAAUGCAUACAAAUGGUACGGCUGUGUUCGGAAUUGCAUCUACAAUGCAGAACGUACCUCACAAUUAUUCGAACUAAUCUCGAAAUAGAUGAUGAAAAUACCGAAAGUUCUCAGUCGGAAAGCGAUAUUGUUUAUGCUUUAAAAAAACUUCAUGCUCUGUUGAACUCGGGCUUUUCUUCAAGGAUUAAAUAUUUGUAUUCGAUAGCAGGUGAUUAUGAUUUCGGCUCUUUGCGGGCGAAUGGCAUCCGAAGCUUUUUGGCCAUCACUACUAGAUGCUCUGCUGUUCUGCUGAUGUACAUUCGGCAAAUGAGUUCAUAUUCCCUUUCCAACUGGUCUGGUAUAACACAUAAAAGUGUGAUAGCAUACAUCAAUUGCCUUAUGGAGCUCAGCCUGUGUCUUGAAGUUCUUAGUUAUCUACCACGUUUCACUAAACCUUGUACGCUUUUCCCUCGAUCUGAGUUCGUCGAUUUGCCGGAAAUUGGACAUUGUGAUGUAAGCAGUUUUGAUGAUAAACCGACAAAUAUUACCGAUGCAUAUUCUACUGUCAAAUCAAAACAGUAUCAAGAAGAUCUUUCAGAGUUCUACCGACUAGAAGUUCUAUCAGACAGUAUAAAACAAGAAUAUUUUUAUGGUCGUUGUCUAGCCUUUUACUUAUGCCCUAGUGCUCAGAGAAUUUUGCUGUUCCUCAAUUCGUUUAUGGCGGGAUAUGGUAAUAGCUUUUUGACUAGCAAACAAGGAAUUGUCAGCUUAGUCAACACAGUUUAUCGGUCCGUUACUUCUUACUUAUCCCCUGAAGACCGCGGCAAGAUGCUGGCAAAGCUUACACGAAAUUCCAGUGUUCAAUUUUGUAAAGCGUUUUGGAAUUUAGCAGAAUUACGUGUAGUAUCUGAAGCCCCCAAUGUAAUUCUACCUUCCAUGGCUGUAGCUCGCUCUUUUAAAUUACAAACAAAAUCGCUAAAAAUACCUCUAGAUAUGAAUAUUCGAGAAAACGGAAGUGAAUUCAUUGUGAUAGAACCACCAAAAUCACAUUUUGGAACUGCUCCACUAGGAAUGCGUAUAUUAUGUCGUCAUCUUAGAUCUGGUUUAGAAUGGACUCGGACGUCUGUAUCUCCUAAAUUUUUUGAAUCACCUAACUGUAUAAAUCAAUCAAAUCAUCACUUAAGCAGAAAUUCAGUAUCACCAUUACUAUCGUACAAUUCACGAUUCUUUCCAUCCAACGAUUCAUCAUCUGUUGUUCUAUCAAGUUCAAAUGAUCGUCGUUAUUCGUACGAAAGUUUUAAAUUUUCAAAUACUUCAACUGAUAAUAAUACAAAUAAAUCACCUUAUGUAUUGUUUUAUGUACACGGUGGUGGAUUUAUUGCUUUAACAUCUCAGUCACAGGAUAACUUUCUACGUAUAUGGGCCGAACAGUUGAACUGUCCAAUUAUAGCUGUUGAUUAUUCACUUUCACCUGAAGCGCCUUAUCCACGUGCAUUAGAAGAAUGUUAUUAUGCAUAUUGUUGGAUAACAUUAAAUCGUGAAAAAUUAGGUUGUACAUCAGAUGCGAAAAUUGUUCUUGCUGGUGAUUCUGCUGGUGGGAAUCUGGCAUUAGGUGUUUGUAUGCGCGCUGUACGAGAUGGCUUACUUAAUAAACCAAGUGGGAUAUUUUUGGCUUAUACGCCCGUAUUGGUUUCUUUUACACCAUCUCCUUCAAGAUUAUUAUCACUUUGUGAUCCCCUGCUUCCUAUUGGUGUUCUUGCUAAGUGUUUAUUGGCUUAUGCUGGUAUAGACGAAGCAACAUUGGAUUCUGAUGAACUUGAUGAUGAUUUCGAAGUUGAUAAAAAUCCUUCAAACUUAACAACUGAACCAAAUUCCCCAAUAUGGUCUCGAUUAUUUUCAACACUUUGGUCUAAUCCAUCGAAAUCAGAUUUAAAUAAUUCUAAAGAGUUAAAAAUUGAACAUUUACGUCGAUAUUCAAACAUAACAAUGUCUCCUUUUUAUGAUGUUUAUUUGAAAAAUCCAAAAGAUCAAUCUGUGCCUUCUAAUUUAUGUCGGUUAAGUGAAGAAUCUCACUCCUCACAUAAAUCCCCAAAGUUGAAUAAAUCAGGUUCGUUAUUUAGCAUCUAUCGUCUACAUCCUAACGUGUCAUUUAGUGUACUAAAUAUUAAAAAAAUACUGUGGUUGCUUCUAAAACUCUGUUCUGAUGAAGUUGAUAACAUUUAAUGUAAGAUGGUGUUUGGGGAUAGUCGAUAGGAAGUCUUGGACCUUGGUUUAGUUCUAUUUACACUUGUCAGCAAGGCGUAUAUGUAGUCUUCAGAGAAAUGAAACUUGCAGAUUUAGUCACGUAUCACUCAGUUUCAUAGUCAGAGGCGUUACCACUGAGCUAUUAGUCACAACUGAGCUUCUGUAAGACUGAGAUGUGCUUACAAUUGAUUGACCACUGAGUAGUGACCAAAGUCAGUUUGCCUAGUUAUUUUUAGCGCUAAUCUAAUUCCUUUGAUCAAGCUUCAAUGUAGCUAGUUGUUCAAAUAACUCGAUAUCACAUGGAUUAUGUUGGUGUGGAAGAUGGUGGUUAGAGGUGGUUGACAGGAAAUUUUGGACUUAGAUUUCGAUCAGCGCUAAGAGGGACUUGACAUACGCAACAUUGGUUACUAUUCAAUGAUCAGUCAGUCAUAAAAGAACACUUGAUGUAAUAAGUUUAAAUAGACUAAUCAGUUUGUUUGUAUUUUUAAUAUAUAUCAGUAUUAAUAAUCAGACAGUACAACAGCUGGACACAUUUAAUACAUAAUGGCUACAUUGUCGACGUUCUUAAACUUUUCAAAAUGAUUAACUGACAAAAAGAUGUAAUUUCAUUAGACUUCACUGAAGUAACAUCGAUUAAAAACAUUCAAGGUAGAUUCAUGAGUUCAGGGAAAAAGUUGCCGAUUUUCCACUGUUAUAUGGUAAAUGGGUAUUUUUGAUUAAAUUCCCCAUAGUUACUGUUUGCAUUAUGUUAUACGACCAAGUAUUGAGGUACAGAAAUUGUCUAGCAACUAUAAUAUUCAUCAUUUGGUAGAAAAUAUGCUUUGUUUUUUGUAGUUAAUUUUGUCAAUCAGUACACCUGAUUUAUAUUAAUCUAACAGACAAUGUUGAAUGAAGUACGAUGGCUCAGUCAUCCGACUUUCAACCAUUAGACUGCACACUCAAGUUUUGCUUUACCUACUUCAAUUUGGACAACUGGACAUCGUUAGCCAUACAAUUCCAAAUCGAGUAAGCCAGUCUGUACUUGAUAAGUUACCUCACCAAGAAUUUCGAUUAAUCGUACAGUGGUUACGUAAAAGAAUUCAUUACACUUAUAUUUUGUCCCGUAUAACUUAGAUGCUUUUUUUGAUCUUCAUACUUAUCCCUUACAAGUGAAUUUUCUCAUGUUUUCAUAAUUCACGAAGAGAAAGAAAAAAGCCCAGACCAUAAUGAGGAUGAAUGUACACCAAUAUUGAAGCAUCCACAUCGACCCCGAACUGAUUUGAACCGUAUUCGAAAUAUUCAUUUAAUUCAGAAUGGAUUCAUGUCACCGUACUUAGCUUCAGAUGAUAUGCUACGUGGAUUACCUCCUGUUGUUUUUGUCUGUUCACAAUUCGACCCAUUUUUGGAUGAUGGACUAGAGUUAGCUAAACGUCUUUCUAAACUUGAUGUCUCAGUAGAUGUACGUGUCUUAGAUGAUUUACCUCAUGCAUUUCUUAAUUUUUGUUUAUUGGGUCCAGAAUUCCAAAUUGCUAAUAAGAUUUGUAUUGAAUUAGUAAAAAAUUUAUUCAAUGAAUAUUAUAUAAAAAAAUAAUGAAUAAUUUAUUACUAAAAUACUGAUUAUCUAUGCGCCUCAAUUACUCUCCCUUAUUAUCAUACUACUUAGUACUUUUCAUAUUAAUAGUAGCUGUGAUAUCCAAUGUUAUCUCAUUUCAUUUUUUAUUCUCUUCCUUUUUCACAUCAAAUAAUCAUACAACUUUUAUUUACGCUUCAUCAUCAUCAUCA